CACGCAUGCGCGCAGUACACAAAGGCCUCGCGGAACCGGCUCCAGGUUAAAAACAAUAAGGAAUUUGUCUAAGAGAAUCUCAAUCUCAACACGUCUCUGUCCAAAUAUUUAAGAAGUGCAGCAAGGGAUUCAAUCAACCGUCCUUCCUGCUCAGAGUGUGGGGAGGGAUUCACUGGGUCAUUUCAACUGAAGGUACAUCAGCAAGUUCACACUGGGACAAGGCCACUCAUCUGUCUGUGUGUGAGAAGGGAUUCAGUUGGUCAUCCCACCUGUGGACACACCAGUCAGUUCACCCUGGGUAGAGGCUGGUCAUCUGCUGAAUUUGUGGGGAAGGAUUCACUUGGUCAUCUGACUUAAUGGCUCACCAGCGAGUUCACACCGGGGAGCGGCCGUUCACCUGCUCGGACUGUGGGAAGGGAUUCACUCGGUCAUAUAAUCUGAAGGUACAUCAGAGAGUUCACAAUGGAGAGAGGCCGUUCACUUGCUCCGACUGCGGGAAGGGAUUCACUCGGACAUCCGACCUACUGGUACACCAGUCAGUUCACACUAGGGAGAGGCCAUUCACCUGCUCAGACUGUGGGAAGGGAUUCACUCGGUCAUCCGACCUACUGGUACACCAGUCAGUUCACACUAGGGAGAGGCCAUUCACCUGCUCAGACUGUGGGAAGGGAUUCACUACAUCAUCUCACCGACAGAGACACCAGUCAGUUCACACGGGGGCGAGGCCAUUCACCUGCAAAGACUGUGGGAAGGGAUUCACUCAGGCAUCUCACCUACUGAGACAUUGGUCAGUUCACACUGGGGAGAGGCCAUUCACCUGCUCUGACUGUGGGAAGGGAUUCACUCAGGCAUCUCACCUACUGACACACCAGUCAGUUCACACUGCCGAGAGGCCGUUCACCUGCUCAGUCUGUGGGAAGACAUUCACUCGGUCAUCCGACCUACAGAGUCACCAGCGAGUUCACACUGGGGAGAAGCCGUACACCUGCUUAGACUGUGGAAAGGGAUUCACGCGAUCAUCCACCCUAUUGGCACACCAGUCAGUUCACACUGGGAAGUGGCCAUUCACCUGCUCAGAAUGUGGGAAAGGAUUCACUCAGUCAUCCGAACUACUGGCACACCAGUCAGUUCACACUGGGGAGUGGCCAUUCACCUGUUCAGACUGUGGAAAAGGAUUCACUCGGUCAUCCGAGCUACUGGCACACCAGUCAGUUCACACUGGGGCGUGGCCAUUCACCUGCUGUGAAUGUGGGAAGGGAUUCGCUCGAUCAUCUCAUCGACAGAAACACCAGCGAGUUCACACUGGGGAGAGGCCAUUCUCCUGCUCAAACCUUGGGAAGAGAUCCCCUCAGCCAUCACCACCAAAUGUGCAUCACUGAGUUCACACUGGGGAGAGGCCGUUCACCUGUUGUGAAUGUGGAAGGGAUUCAGUCAGUAGUCAUACCUUGUGACACACUACUGGGUUCACACUGGGGAGAAAGUUUCAAUUGGCUGCAUGCUGGAUAUUUGUCCAUCACCAUUGCUGAAUGCAAUUUCAAGAGUGACUGUCGGUGCUGAACUCUACAAUUAUUGCUGUAUAAGAUUCCUUGAUCUGAAAAAAGCAUUUGACACCAUUGACCAUAAAUUAUUAUGAUCAAAAUUAGAAAGAUAUGGUAUUACAGGGGUGGCACAUGGCUGGUUAAGUAGUUAUUUGGAAGACAUGCAUCAGUAUGUGCAUAUAAACAACACAAAUUCAAAACUUUUGAAGGUAAUUUGUGGGGUUCCACAAGGUUAGUGCUUGGUCCAUUGCUGUUCACAUUGUAUAUAAACGAUAUAUGUAGGGUUUCUCAGACAUUAAAAUGUGUAUUAUUUGCUGAUGCUACAACUAUAUUUUGUAGUGAGGAACAUCUGAAACAACUUAUGGAUACAGUGGAGAAAGAUCUAAAAAUUAUAAAGAAAUGGUUUGAUAUUAACAAAUUAUCACUGUAUCUAAGUAAAACUAAAUUCAUAAUAUUUGGAAACUGUGUACCAAACUCAUAGAGUAAACUUGGAAUAAGUGAUGUUUAAAUUGAUAAGGUAUCUGAAACAAAAAUUUUAGGAGUGGCAAUAGAUAAUAAAUUAAGCUGGAAACCACAUAUAAAUUAUGUCAAAGUCUAUUGUAACACUGUACAAAGCGCAAGAUUUCUUAAAUCAGGAAUCUUUGUAUACAUUAUACUGUUCACUUAUAGCUCCAUACAUGACUUACUGUUUGGAGAUAUGGGGAAAUACAUACAAAACCAAUACAACUUCAAUGUUUCUACUCCAAAAGGAAGUCAUACAAAUUGUAAAUUAGGGAAGUUAUUAUGAGCCAACCAAUCCACUAUUUAUUCAACUAAACACUUUAAAAUUCAGAGAUUUUGUAGAUUUUAAAAUAAUACAAAUUAUGUAUAAAGUAAAAGAUGGACAGUUACCACAAAGUAUCCAAAGGUUGUUUAAAAUGAGAGGAAGUCAGAAUAAAUUGAGGGGAACAUGUAUAUUUCAAAAACAAAGGAUAAGAACAAAUGUAAAAAAAAAAUCAUUGUAUUUCGGUCAGAGGUGUGAAUCUAUGGAACAGUUGUAGUGAGAAUUUAAAAACAUGCACCACACUUAACAAGUUUAUAAAAUUAUUUCAAAAUAAUUUAAUGAACAAAUAUAAAAUACAUGAUUUAAAAUGAAUGGGUGUCAUGUAAAUAAAUGAUACUUGGAACUGGAUUUUGUGUUAAAAGAUAAUGAUUGUUUUUGUUUUGAUGUGAUGAUUGACACCAGAUAUCUUGUUGUAUGAGUAAGCGGGGUAGACAUAAUAAGCUGUCGGUUCAGCCUACACCCUGUCAGUCUGUUUUAAAGAAUAUCUGUGUUUUUUGUUGUAAUUUUGUCUUAUGAAAUUAUCAUUAUAAAAUCAUCAUUAAAAAUGAUGCUUUUUGUUAUGUUUGUACUGACCGAAAUAAAUUCCAUUCAUUCAUUCAUUCAUUGCUGCUGCUCACCACACCCAGUUCUGCACCCUGCUCACUGGGCAUGGGAGGACAUUCUUCUGCUGCUCAUUCCCCUUUAAUGGGACUGGAGUUUAAUAUUCUGGAUCUGAGACAAAUAAAUCAGUUCUAUUUUAAACUCUGUCUCCGGUACUUAGUGAAUUUAUAACAGAACUAGUGUACAGUAGAGAGUUAACUCAGGCCGGCUGGACCCUGCCAGUGAUUCUGUUCCACAACAGUCCUUUUAAAUCCUCCCCUGUUGCUCCCCUCUUGCUCUCCCUGUGGUGAUGGGUUCCAAACAGUCACCACUCUGUGGGUUAAGAGGUUUCCCUUGAAUUUUCUGCAGACUGAAGAAGACGAGCUGACGGCAGUUCUGUCUGAGAUAGUCUUCGCUCCUCAAAUCUCUGUGCUAAGGACGAAUGACAUUGGUAGUUAACCUCCUUAUUCAGGGCUUAUUUCCACAUUAUGGGUCAUCUUCCAUGCUUCUAAAGGGUUGUUGAAAACCACCACUGUCCUCUAAAGACUGAAAGCAGAAUGGGAAACCAUCAGUUGGAUGUUCAACGGAGCAGGGUCAGAAACCAGAGGCAGGUCUGCACAGGGCAGAGUUUGGAGCUAUGGACGAUGGGCAGGGUAAGAACGUAUGAUGAGAAUGGAAUCGGCAGCGGGGCGUGGCAACGAAUGAGAGAGUAGCAACAUUUGGAAGCUGAUUGACAGGGAAAAUAAUUCGGUUGUUGGACUGAUGACACCAGCAAUGCCCGUUGUGAGGUGCUCCACUGGUCGAGGAACAUGUGUGUGUUGGGAAUGGUUAUAUCUAUUGAGGGAGUUAUUCCUGCUUGUUUAUCCUGUAAUAUUAAAUCCAGGUGGUUAUUAUGGAUUAUCCUAGCUGAAAUAACGUAUUGAUUAUCACAAAAUUUGUAAUAUUUUGACUCUAAAACUGGAUCAGGCUUGAAUUUAUGGUUCCUUUAUGAAGUGAUGGAGGGUAUUCAUGAGUUU